AUGAUCAAGAUACUCAGGUUGCCUUCCCUUGCAGUGUUUGCUGUAUCCAUAGCAACAGAGCUCUUCUCCUUUCCCUCCACACAGGUAAGCACGAACCAAACAGGGACAGCAAAGGAUAAAUGGGCCCAACCCGGUUGGAGGAUAGAGCAGAAAUAUUCAAACAAAGUGCUGUCAGGCACCUGGGCAGAAGAAAGACGUCAGUUCACUCGGAAGCCACAGACAGCAGACUGCACCAGUCGCGUAGACCACCGGCCCCACUGGGACUUCCAGCCGGACGUCUCUGAGAGGAGAUCUGGCCGGCUGAGAGCUGAGGGGCUUCCAUCCAAGCUGCUUUUCGCCCACGAUCGCUCACCACCCUCUCAUUACUUGGUCACGCACUACGGAGAGAGCUACCAGCGAAAGCGCACCAACAACCGACCCUGGCAUCCAGACAGCUUGACAUGGCAGCUUGAGAGGUCCGAACGGCCAAUUUCUGGUAAGCCCGUCUCUGGCCCGCCGCGGUCCACAAAGAGUUUGCGUUUGGAAAAGCAGCAGCCAAUCCCUUCCAGGACAGGCCGUGCACAGGUCGGCACACCACGAGGCACCCACCUGAGCGCCCUGGAGGGCUCUCCAGCCACCUCCACGAAGCCGAACCACAACAACAAGGACCUGGAUCUGAGGUCCCAGAUCAUUGCUGGAGUCCACUUCCCCAAUCACAACAAGGUGGCUUAUGAAUUGCCUCGCAUGCUGCUGGGUGAUUUCUCUGUCAUUCUGGUCCUGUUGUACAGUUCCUCUUGGGUAUUAUCUACAUGAAAGAGAACCUCCCCCCCCCCCCGAGAUAAAUCCUCGAGCAAAAGUAAUUCAAAGAAUUCAGCAUUCUUCUGAUUAUGCCGUUGGGAGGACUGCUGUGAGUGUACUGUGUGCUUGAGUUACAGAGUGUACAUACAUAGAGAAACAUGUUUGUUUUUGUCAAGACAGAGAAAGGAAAAGGGCUUUAAAUUACGUCCGCCCUUCCAGAGGAUAAUUACAUGCUAAUUAUCCCUCUCCCCGCACACUUGAUAUCUGAAACGCUGGCUGAGCCGUUAGUAUUACCCUCAGUAGGAUGUAAACCAAUACAUCCAACAUGCGUCGAUGCCAUAACCGACCUGGAUAUUAAGGCGAACAAGAGUCAUCCCAGGUGACAUCUGAAGGGAAGUGUCUCAUCUCCUGUUCCAUUUGGUGUUUAGUUACAGGGGAUCAAAGUGUUUAAUUAGGGAGAAUCAAAGACGGCUCAUGUUUGAUGGUCAACCAUCUGCCUCCCUUUUCCCCCGCCUGCCUGCUGCCUUCCUGUGCAGCUGAAGCCCUCCGUCUCGCCCAGCGUUUAGCUAGUCCCCCCCUUGAUGAUUCCUGCAUGUCACGUGACGCCUGGCUGCCGUGGGUAGUCAAGAGCUUAUCGUGUCUUACCCGCCGCACUGCUGAGGUUGCCCUGUGAGCCACAUGAUGGCGCUACAGCAGCAUGUCACCCUCUCGUGCCUGUCAGCGUCCUCAGCAUUACAAUGAAAAACUUGAUUAGUGAUGAAUUGACUAAGCACCUUUACUUGUAUGGUUCUUAUGCAUAUUUCCUGUAAUUGCUCAACACAAAAUAAAAAAGUUGUUUUUUUCUAGACAUUUGGUUUCUUA